AGUACAAAAAUAAUAAUAACAAUGUUUGCUAAUAAUGAUUUAUGUUUCUACUACGCUUAUAGUGGGUCAUAAUAUAACAUUUUGCAAUAAGAUUGGGCUCUGAGAUGUUAUUGCGCCACUAGUGGCGACCUUACGUAUUACAGAAAACAGUGGAUCAACUUUCUUUGCAAAAUGGACGAUACACAACAAGAUAUCUGUAGAGUGUGCAGGUCAGAAGGCUCACUAGAAAAACCUUUGUUUCACCCGUGCAUUUGUACAGGAAGCAUAAAAUAUAUUCAUCAAGAAUGCUUAGUUCAGUGGCUGAAGUACAGCAGGAAGGAAUUUUGUGAGUUGUGUAACCACAGAUUUUCUUUCAUGCCAAUUUAUUCCCCAGAUAUGCCCCAGAGGUUGCCAGUAAAAGAUAUCUUCAGUGGUCUUCUUACGAGCCUUGGUACGGCAAUACGAUACUGGCUACAUUACACUCUCGUGGCUUUUGCUUGGCUAGGCGUUGUACCUCUUACAGCAUGUCGGAUAUACCGUUGCUUGUUCACUGGCUCAGUAAGUUCACUUCUAACUUUACCACUGGACAUGUUAUCAACUGAGAACCUGGUUGCAGACAGCUUCUAUGGCUGCUGUGUAGUGACGUGCACACUGUGUGCCUUUAUUAGCUUAGUAUGGCUACGAGAGCAGAUACUUCAUGGAGGAGGACCUGAAUGGCUAGAACAAGAACAAGACCCACCACUGAUGCCACAGCCACUAGCUGUAGCAGAUGGUGAUCUUGUGCUUGUCCCAGCAAACAACAAUGUUGAAGAUCAACAACUUCCACCUGCAGAGGGUGCUGCUGAAGUAGAUGGUGAUGAGGCAGAUGGUCCAGAUCUUGAAGUAAAUGAUGGAAAUAAUGGUGCUCAAGGUGUGUUUAAAGAAGAAAAAUGGGAAAACAAUGUGAUCAUGUGCUGUUUUAAUCUUCUUGGGCUUGAUGGCUCCCUGGUGUUUUUGGAACAUGUGUUUUGGGUGGUCUCUCUCAACACUUUGUUUAUCCUUGUAUUUGCAUUUUGUCCAUAUCAUAUUGGACAUUUUACUUUGGUUGGAUUUAAGUUAAAGGAUUAUGUGACUGCAUCUCAGUUUGAAGGUUUACUAACGACCUUAAGUGGCUAUGUGGUUAUUGGCCUUGUGCUUAUUCUUCUUCAUGGAGUAGCAUCUCUUGUGAAGCUUAGAAAAACCAAACAACUGCUGGGACUCUGUUAUGUUGUUGUCAAAGUUUCUCUCCUAUCUGUGCUGGAAAUUGGUGUAUUCCCUCUUAUGUGUGGGUGGUGGUUGGACAUCUGUUCUCUUACAAUACUCGACACUAGUCUGCAAGACAGGGAAGCCAGCUUUAAGGCAGCUCCUGGCACCUUCAUGUUCAUUCACUGGCUAGUGGGUAUGGUCUACGUUUUUUACUUUGCCUCUUUUAUUCUUCUGUUGCGAGAAGUGCUGCGGCCGGGUGCACUGUGGUUCCUUCCUAACUUGUAUGAUCCGGACUUCAACCCUAUUCAAGAGAUGGUUCGUUUGCCUAUUCUACGACAUAUACGGAGGUUUUUGGCAUCAAUAGUUAUCUUUGGCAUGGUAGUUCUGCUAAUGGUGUGGGUCCCGGUGCAGUUAAUCAGGAAGGUGUUCCCAGAGUUCUUGCCGUACAAUGUUGUUUUAUCAAGUGAAACACCUGUAAGCGAGUUGUCUCUAGAACUGAUUCUGCUACAAGUUGUCCUUCCAGCUGUCCUUGAGCAGGGCCAUACUAGGCAGUGGUUAAAAUCUUUUGUUCGUGGAUGGUGCAUCGCUGUCUCCUAUGUCCUUGAACUGCGCUCCUAUUUACUGGGAGAUGUGCCUCUAGCAGGUGAAGAUGACAAACAGCCAAGGGAGGAGCAGGAAGCUCAAGAAGAAAGGCCCAAUGUUAAUGUUGGAGAUCAAGGGAAUCCAGUGCCAGAUGGAUUUCAAGUACAACCCCUGGGGAUUGCUCAUCAAGAAAUGCUCCACGGCGCUGGACCAGUCACUUUUCAGCCAUACUAUCAACCACGUUUUUUUGCUUUUAGACUAGUCUGUCUCUUGGGAUUUAUCUGCUUGAGUUUGUUCAUUGGAAGUCUGAUCAUGCUUACUUUGCCAGGUAUGGUAUGGAGCAAUGAUGGGUUUGGGUUUAGGUUAAGCAACUGGUUCCAAGCACUUGCUAGUGAUGAGGGGGAGCAGGUCAGGAUAGGAAAGGACAAUGUAAAGGAUAGGAAAGUUAUAGUUAUAGGUGACUCUCUAGUUAGGAAAAUCAGAAAGUUUAAGAUUGGUGGUGUGAAUGCUUUUUACAAGCUGACCUCCAAGUCUCUUCUUGCUACCAGUGUCCUCCUUGGUGUGAUUCCUCUGUUGAUGGGUCUGUUGUUUGACCUGGUCAUUAUCAUUCCACUAAGAGUUUCCUUACACCAAACACCUAUUCUGUAUAUUUGGCAGGAUUGGGCUUUAGGAGUUCUCCACACAAAAAUUGUUUGUGCUGUUACACUAAUGGGACCUAACUGGUGGCUGAAGAGACUCUUAGAACAAGUUUACCAUGAUGGCAUUCGAAACAUCAGCUUGAAACUCAUAAUCAUGGACUUGGCAUUGCCAGUUAUCAUCACCUUGGGCUCAACCCUUGCCCUGCCGUACUUGUUUUCCUGUAGUAUAUUACCUAUGUUUGGUGCUGGGUUUGAAAUGCAGAACUUGAUCUUCAGACGGAUCUACCCAUCUUUGCUAGCUUCCGUGGUUAUUGCAGGAAUAAUUGUAUUCCAAGUGAUGCAGUUCUUUUAUUUAUAUGAACAUAUAAGAAACGACAAUGUGUCCAACAUCUUUACUUCUGACUGGGUAUUAGCAGGUUGGACAGCUGAAUAG